AUGGAGGAGCUGCUGAGGCGGGAGUUGGGCUGCAGCUCCGUCAAGGCCACGGGCCACUCAGGGGGCGGGUGCAUUAGCCAGGGCCAGAGUUACGACACGGACAAAGGACGCGUGUUUGUGAAAGUGAACGCCCAGCCCGAGGCUAGAAGAAUGUUUGAAGGUGAGAUGGCCAGUUUAACUGCCAUCCUGAAAACAGACACAGUGAAAGUGCCCAGGCCCAUCAAGGUCCUGAAUGCCCCAGGGGGCAGCAGUGUGCUGGUGAUGGAGCAUUUGGACAUGCGGUAUCUGAGCAGUCAUGCUGCCAAGCUUGGAUCCCAGCUAGCAGACCUGCACCUGGAGAAUAAGAGGCUUGGAGAGAAGCUGCAGAAGGAGGCCAACACAGUGGGGAGCGGAGGUGGGCAGGCGGAACGGCCCUUCAUAGACCAGUUUGGGUUUGACGUGGUGACGUGCUGCGGAUAUCUCCCCCAGGUGAAUGAUUGGCAGAAGGACUGGGUUGCAUUCUAUGCCCAGCAGCGCAUUCAGCCCCAGAUGGACAUGCUGGCGAAGGGGGCUGGGGACAGAGAUGCCCUUGAGCUGUGGUCUGCUCUGCAGUUGAAGAUUCCCGAUUUGUUCCUUGAUUUGGACCUUGUGCCAGCUCUGCUCCACGGAGACCUCUGGGGAGGAAACGUGGCAGAGGAUGUCUCUGGGCCCAUCAUUUUUGACCCGGCUUCCUUCUAUGGCCACUCGGAGUACGAGCUGGCAAUUGCCGGCAUGUUUGGGGGCUUCAGCAGCAACUUCUACUCCGCCUACCACAGCAAGAUCCCCAAAGCCCCUGGGUUUGAGAAGCGCCUGAAGUUGUAUCAGCUCUUCCACUAUUUGAACCACUGGAAUCAUUUCGGAUCAGGGUACAGAGGGUCCUCCCUCAACAUCAUGAGGAACCUCAUCUAG